UUAGUGCAUACCUGUUAAUUUUAUUGCGACGUUCGAAAAAGGUUUUCAAAUUCUUGUCAUAUAUGAGAGAGGCGAUGGCUAAAGUUUUCCUAGUAUUCUGGUGUGUUAUCCUGCAAUUAGAAUUAUUAACGACAACUAACGAUAAAAUGGACAACCAGAUCCACAACCUUAUAGAUUGUUCCAGGAAAAAUUUAACAACAAUGCCUGAUGUUCUGCGAAAUUCUACAACAGAUCUAAAUCUUCAAGGAAAUCUUUUACACGUAGUUCCUGCAUGGUCUUUCCAAAAAUCAAGAAUAUUAAAAAGCAUAGAUCUGUCCUAUAAUCGACUGAAGGUGAUUGAAAGGGGAGCGUUUGCAGGACUAGUUAAACUUUCCAUUCUCAACCUUAGAAGUAAUUUAUUAACUUCAAAAUUACUUAAUAUGAAUAUUUUUCAAGGUCUGAUUUCUCUUCAGGAAUUAGUAAUACAAAAUAAUAAAUUUUACGAUAAUUCUACUUUUUUUCAAACCGUAAUAUCUCGAGUAAAAUCAUUGGUUAAGUUGAAAAUGGAUCUGAGUAGACCAAACAAAAUAGAUAAAUGUCUUUGUAAUUUAUCAAACCUACAAGACCUUGAAAUUUUAGGAUUGCCUGGACAAUCAUAUUCAGAUGAUUUUUUUCAAAAAAUAAAGUGUCUUAGAAUAGAAACGUUAAUGCUUGAUUCCGUGCUUUCACUAGCACCAAAUACGUUCAUUUCUUUUCCAAAUUUAAAGACGCUAAGGAUAGCGAUACACACCGCUCGUGCUAGGUACGACGUAAUAAGCAGCAUAUUUAAAUCUUUGAAGAUAUUCAAGGGUAGAAAUAUGACGGAACUAAGCAUUACUGGUAAUCCACAUAGAAACGGAUUUGUAUUGGGCCAUCCUCACUUUGCAGUACUUGAAAAAAUAUGUCUACAGAAGUUAAAUUUGGUCGGUGAUAGUAUACUUGGUGUAAAGUUUAAUCCUUUUUUAAGAUAUGGACUUAAGGAGAAUUGUUUAGAAGAAUUAAAUUUGUCAGAUAAUUUACUGUUCGAUAGUAAAGAUAAAUAUGUGUUUGCAUUUUGUGCGUUUAAGCAUUUAAAAAUAAUCAGAAUUCCACGUGAGGUAGUAAAAGACAAUAGAGUAAAACGAUCCACCAAAGAUGACGUAUCCUACUCGGUUUGUCUGCCGAAAACAUUAGAACAAUUGGACCUUCAUUCGCACGUUAAAUCAUAUAUAAGGAGGAGAGUUGCCAAUCUAACUAUCAUCAACGGGUCAAAUUUAAAAGUUUUAAAUAUGGCUAAUGUGACAGUCCAAGAUUGUAAUGGAACGAUUAAUGGCAUUGAAAACUUAGAAUAUUUGGAUAUGUCAGGAUUUAACUGCAAAUUAUUGAGUGAACAUCUUCUCUCACAUUUUCCUAAACUAAUUACUUUCAUUGCACAAGAUGCAAAACUUGGAAUCGGGUUGAACUCCCUAGAAACUGCAUCAGAAUUCUUUGAGAGGAAUUUAGAUGUACAACAUAUUGAUCUUAUGAUGAAUAGCAUACAUUCAUUACCAGAUGGCUUGUUCAAUCAUCCUUUUAGACAAAAAAUUUCUAUCAUAUUGGAUAAAAACAACUUACAAUCACUACCAAACUUUCCGUCAAAACCGAAUACUAUUCAACAAAUCAGUCUAAAGUACAACAAAUUUUCGUGUCUAAAAGAAGACGAGAUGACUAAACUUGACAUUAUUAAACCUUCCAGUGUUUUUCUUCGUGGUAAUCCGAUUGAAUGCUCUUGUAAGACGUUAAGUUUUCUAAAAUGGGUGCACCGUUCAGGUAUUAUAGGUGAUGUCGAUGAAGUAGAAUGCGUCCUCCAAAAUGGUACCUUAGCAAGUUUGUCUCAUUUCUUGCGAAAUCUUAAAACAUUUGAAAUCAGUUGCGAAUCGCAAAUAUGGUUAAUAUUUGCAAGUAGUUUUACUUCUGUCAUUAUUUUAGCUGUAAUCUUCGGAAUAAUAUACUAUCGCUACCAAUUUGCAUUUGAGUAUUUCUUUCUGAGAAUUAAAAUGAAACUCAGGCAUUACCAGCCUCUUUUGGAAGAGUUUAAUCAUGAUGCGUUUAUCUCAUACAGUCACAAAGACAUACCAUGGGUUAAAACACUCUACGACAAAUUGGACUCGAAAGGCUUCAACCUCUGUUUAUAUGACAAAGAUUUCCAAGGUGGAAUGCCUAUUGCCGAGUGCAUCGUUGAAGCAAUAAAUUCAAGCAGAAAGGUUGUAUUUGUUAUUACUAAGGAUUUCUUGGAAAGUAGUUGGGGAACGUAUGAAAUAGAAAUGACAAGAAUGCAUGCCUUCAGAGAGGGUCGUGAAUCGAUGGUUAUUGUGAUAAUGAAGGAUGCUAUUGACAAGGACAAGCUUCCGAAGGCCUUGAAAGAAAUAUGGUAUAAGGUCGUCUGUAUUGUGUGGCCAUUUCAAACCGAGGCUCCGUAUAAUUCUGAAGAAAUUUUUUAUGAAAAAUUAUGCAUAGCAUUAUCAGAAGGUCGCAGGAAAUUAUGUGAUGAUAACACUUCAAAUCUGUAGAUAAAAAUCAAGCCUGUGUACAAAAUAUUUAAGAUAUGUAUAUAUCAGAAAAUGUUUGAAUAAAAAAAUAUAGUGCUAUGUGAU